CAUUUUAUUUUUCAUUUUACUUCUAUUAUUCUUUGAAACAAACCAAAUAAAGUGAAUGAGAUACGCUCGUUUACACGAAAUAUGAAUACGAAAUCUAAUGAAUCUUACUUUUCAAACUAACUUAAACGAGGCCAGAAUGAGUCUCUGUGUUUUUCCAAGUGUAUGCAAAUCGAAGCAAAUCAGAGCCAUAUAUUACUUUAAUGUUUCCAUUCAUUUAAUUCAAUUUAAACGAUACAUUUAUAAUAUUCAAUGAGUGUAAUCUUCUACGAUUGUCCUUUUUUUUCAAGAAAUCUGCUCAUGCAAAUUGUGAAUGUUAUAAUACAUCUUUUUGUUUGGAAUUAUAUUUUUAGUACACUUUCUCUUUCAUGCCAAAAACAUUAUAAUUUUUUGUAAUACAACGACAAAUGUAUUAUACGAAUGAUAUGAAUGCAGAAGAAAACAAUAAAUCAAACUGAAUUAUAUCAAAUUUUUUUUCUUCUUUGAUAUUCCGUGCUUUACAUAAAAAUGACAUUAUAUUAGCUCGGUUUUUCCUUGUUUCUCGAUGGUUAGGUGGUUAGAUGGUCAUCGUCGCAUCGAUGGACGAACACAUAUUGUUAUCCAACAGAAAACCUCGUAGGAAUAGGAUUAUAAAGGAUUAUGCAAUGUUUAUCGACUUGGAACCAUCCACAACAAAAAGCUCAAAUUAGUUCCCAUAAGACUUGUUAAAAAGUACGGUCAAUUUGUUUUUUCUUCCCUUGACUAAUCUGUCACUCUUCGCGCGAACGUCAACAACAAUAAUUAUAUACAAUCCAAAACCAUAAUAGCCAGUGCAGAUCGUCCCAGUAUAGCCUAUGUAUGAGCUGCCAAAGGGAUUACUGCAUCAAGUAUCAAGGUCACUAUCAACCAGAAAACCAAGAAGCCCUCUUCCAAAAGUUGGAUAUCUUGAUGGAAAUCAUCAUUUAGCCUUGCUUUCGAAUUUACAUACACCUUCACUUUAUUAUUCAUAAUAGAAGUGAGGUUGAUACUAUAAUCUUCGAUCGUUUCGGAGCAUUAAAUUAUGUGAGCAGAUGAGGAUUGUUCAGUUUUACUCCGAUUUUCCUUUUGUGACCGGGAGGCGACUUGGAAAGUUAGGUGCAUCUCCUCCUUCUGCAGCAAAAUAAAUAUCUUUCAACGAAUUUCGCUCGCAAAAUGUUGAAUUGUUCAAUCUAAGCUGAAUUGGUGGAUUGAUUUUGGUUUGAACAUUGGAAUAGUUUGGAACUGAUUAUUUAAGUCUGGACUUAAACAUUUGCGGGAUUUGAUUGUUCAAUCCCGGUGUUCAAUAUGGGACAUGCUACACAAGCAACAAGAGAAGUAUGCAGACAAAAUAAAUUACACUGUGACUUGCUUUUGUAUUCUAUCGCUUUAUAAACCCAGCUUAUCAAUCUUGAAGACUCUACAGGAUAUGAGAUUAUCACCAUGCAGUGACUGAUGCGAUCGCUGCCCUUCUUUAAUCUGCGCAAGCUCUUACACUGUCUUAGGAGAGCCUCCAGAAACUACAUUUGCAGAGUCAACAGUGUUGAGAUGGUUGCACCAGUAUGACCCAAAACGAAAGCUCCUCAAAUGAAACUUUGCAAUGGCCCCUGGUCCAAGACGAUGACAGCGUGUUCUUGUCAACCUUGGAUAUAUUUGAGGUCACAAUCCUUGGGAUCUGCUUGCUGUUAAUUGUCAUCACUAGCACGUUCAUUAUAACCAUUCUUCACAAGGUUGAGGACUGCUUUGAAAAUGUACAACAGUUGAUGUUCAAGUCACUGGCCUUCACCGACCUACUCACAGGUCUCUUCUGUUGCGGGUUGACAAUGACGGGGAUGAUCUUCAGGAUGGAGAAGACGUUGUCGCAUGUGAUGUGCGCCGUAGGAUGGGCUGCCUGUACGGGGUUGACCGGACUUUCCGCUCUCCUCAUCACAUGCGCGUGCAUUGACCGGUUCAUCGCUGUCGUCUACCCUCUGCGAUACUGUUCUUUGGUCACCAUGAAGCGCAUCAGGAUCACACUCGCUGUUACCAGCCUCAUCGUCAUUGCGAACGCUGCACUUAGCACCAUCCGUGGUGGUUUUGCUGGCACCAAUCUCUGCCUUUCAGACUUUUCCUCAGAAGAACUCGCCUUUAGACCCUGCCUUGUCCCUAGUCUUCUCAUAACCAGUACAUCUCUCAUCGUGACCACCGUUACCAAUAUCAAGGUUAUGUGUGUUUCUUCGGGUCAAGCCAGCCGUAUGAAUGUCACUACUCCCCGUUGUACCAAAAACGACGUUGUAAAUAUCAAUGUUAUCAGGCAACGCCAACACCACAGGAAAGGUCUCCUUGUACUUAUUGCAACCACCGUUACAUUUUUCGUCUCAUUGUCACCGUGGUUCAUCAUCUCUGCCUCACAUUUCAACAGGAGAACAGCCGUAACGAAGCCUCUGGCAAGGUUCGUGUCGACCAUCUUGAUGUUCUCCAAUAGCUGGAUGAACGCCUUUAUUUUCAGCAUAUUUAACAAGAGGUUUCGUGAUGCAGCGAAGAAGGUGGUGUGUCGUCGCCCUUUGUAACGGUACUCGUGGAGAUACCAGUCCCGUAUCACCUUCAUACCUACACAAUAACGCAUUCUUCUUGUUGGCCUACGUUCAAUUUUGCCAUGACAAACGAGAGAGGCACCCUAAACCUUUCUUUUUUUUUCAUUUUGAUUGAACGAUAUAAAAUGUAUAUAGGGUCUAUGUGAAAUGUGAUUUUUAAUGAGACAAUAUUGUGCAAUGAAUAUAAGAGAUAAUUGGGUUCCUGUCCGUUGUUCGUAUAAAGCUUCACAACGCAUACAUCGAUACUCGUUUUUAUCAAAUUAUGUAGGCAUUAUUUUCUGCUAUUCUUAUCAUGAAAUUUAAUGUUAUUUUUCUUCAUGUUUUCAUCUCAAUUUUUAAGUUCAUAUCCUCCAUUUGAUAAGAUUGCGCUUAACAGUCUGUCAUGUAUAUUGCUGUUGAACUCCUGGCGAACAGAUCGUGGGGGGGGGGGGGGGAGGUAGGUGACCCCAAACAUGCCAAAGUUUCACCACCAGAAAAAAAAAAGAAAUAAAGAAAGAAAAGAAAAAUGAAAAAUUGUAAAAUAUGAUACAUUGAAAAACGUCGGAUUUUUGUUCGCUCGUAGCUAUAAUUUUUUGGCUCUAAACAAUUCCAUGCCUGGCCUGGUUUGACUCAUCACGUCACUGUAUGCACCCAUAAUGCAUGAUAUAUGAAUAUGCAUAUGCAUUCAACAAUCUUUUUAUAUAUUUUAAGUUUAACAUUAAUUUGCGUUAAAAAAAAUCUAGUUUGUGAAUUCGGACGGAUACGUGCAAUAUUCUGAAAAUAACUUGUGACUUUUGAAAGGUGACAACUUUAAUCACAUACUGAUUUGUUUUCAAUCAUUAUUUUAUGCAUAUGACUUAACAAAUUCAUUCUUUCUUUUUGACGUAUUGUAGGUAAUAAAUGUGGAAACACUAGUGUCAAAUUAUUUUGAGAGUUUUUUUGUUCGUUGAAAUGUUACGUCGUUACGUUACGUUAUGUGUGAAUGUAUACUCAACGUAUCUAAUGCAAAUGUCUUGGAUUUAGAAGGGGAAAGACCAGAUCGGAUGAUAUUUGUCAGUAUGCAGCCGAUUGCUGGAUUUAUCAUUAAACCUUUAAAAAAUUUGACAUAAAAUAAGUUGAGAUUAAAAAAAUAUCUUGAUGAUCAUCGCCAGUAACCACAUUCGUUCUAUAUUUAUUUCAAGGUAGCUGAUUGAGCCUCGACAGUUCUUCUUUGGCAUUUACACUUUUUUUCAUAUUUAGCCCUUGGUUGUACUCAUUAAAGUUCCAUUUUAUUUUCUCUUCUUGAUUGUGUAAUGAUUCGGGAUAUCCAAUAUGUUAUAACUAAUUAUAUUAAUAAUUCGUACUCUUAGCAAACAAGCCUCCGAUACUCUGCUUGGCGAUAUUUAUUUUGUAAAUUUUCUACUUAAGUCUAGUAUGGUAUGCUCAAUGAUAAUUAGAUUCAUAAUUUCUUCAUAAAUUUUGAUGAAUUAUUUACUAUUUCAAUGAUAUCAUACACCUUAGUUUGUAAUUUACUGUUAUUGUGUUGUCUACAGGAUAACUAUUCUCAUUUCAUCGACUCCUCAAAAAUUGAAUAUGUUAUCUUUGAUCAAUUUUUAUAUUAGUGAUAAUUCUGAUUUUAAUGUUGUUGAAUUCAUUCAUAACUUGUAUAGAACCUAAGUUACACUUUUAUCUUUUAUGUAUAUAUUGUUAUUUCAUGUUAACAGUACCACGCUGAAAAACCGUCAAUCUGAGCUUGUUAUCCUGUGUAAAGAUAUUUUGAUAAAUAAAUUAAUUAAUAAAUAAAAUAAAUGAAUGAAUUCAUUAAAACUUUAUCUCUGUGAGAUCAUGUAAAUUGAAACAACCUUGUCCUGUCAUAAUUCUAGGGUUUGUU